AUGACAGAAUACGACUACUCUCCAGAAGGCUACAAUCGAUACAUGGAGACUCAACAACGUAUUUCGAGAUGGGUGAAUGACACGAAUUCCCACUCCAGCGAGUUUAAAAGUCCGUUCGGACCUCGGUCAGAUGUUUCCAAAGAACCUGUUUGUAGGAGCCUCAACUCUUCGCCAGCGCCGGGCGCGAAUAAGUCACGGCCUCGACCACACGAAUAUCACGGCUCGACAACUGGAAGCAAAGAUGGAUGUCCCGAUGUCAAGAGGAAUACCAGUGUCCAGCGUCCAUCCCCUCGAAAUAGGACCGAGAGUACCGAAUCAGACACAACUUACUAUGACCCGGACGGGCCAGGGCCCAUGCCAAUGCAUGCUCCUUCCUAUCCAUUACGAGCUGCUAUUCCCGGGAAGCCUACGCAACCAUCAUCUCACUUAGUUGAUAGCGCAUCUCACAAUCCAUCGCACAUACACUCACGCCAUAAACCUUCACAUGGCAAUCAACCCAAUCCCGUUAGCAGCCAUCCCCAUAACUCAACAGCGACCAGGGGCCGUACUCUCCCCACUUCUGGGCUAGCACAAGGCCCCAACUUGGUCAGAUCGUCUUCCCUACCUCGAUCGCAUACAGAUAGUCGUUCUGGUCCCAGUCAGGACCAUCAUACACACCAUUCUUCCAAUAAAUCUCAUCACCAUCACCACACCGGUGGUGGCGGACACCACCACCACCAUCAUCAUCACCAUCAUCACCACCGUCCCCGUUCCCGGUCGACGGGACCGUCGAUAAGUCAUUCCACCAGCUCGGGUACGGCUUACCAGAUUAGCUCCCCUACUUUUAUCGCUCCAGCUCCAGCUCCCGCACUCGGGAAAACUCGACCUUUUGUGGUUCCUUAUUCUCCGAGAGACCGCGGGUACUAUUAUCCCGCACCUAACGAGCACCUCAUGUCUAGUCCUGGAUAUAUUAUACCGCCGCAGAGAGGUAUGGUUAUGCUAUAA